AUGAUUUCCUAUAGAUUUCAAUUCUUGAUAACCCUUGUAGGGUUGUUCAAUCUUGUUUUUUCUGCUGGCGACGCCAGUCUCGUUAACUCUACCUUCAACUCAACUAUCGGGUCGGUAGAGUAUUAUGACUUGACCAAUAUCUCCUACACCAGUGGUGAAACAAAAACAUUCUAUUUCGAUGUCACCUAUUUCUACGCCUCUCCAGAUGGAUUUAAUAGAACCGUAGUUGGUCUCAAUAACACAUGGCCAUGUCCUGAUAUCCACGUCAACAGGGGUGACAGAGUCUUAAUCUACGUUACCAACAAGUUACCAGAUCAAAACACCUCUUUGCACGUCCACGGUUUGUUCCAGCAUGGUUCAGCCCAAUUCGAUGGCCCAGAAAUGAUCAACCAAUGUCCAAUUCCUCCUAACGAAACAAUGUUGUACAACUUCACCGUCCCUGACCAAGCUGGUGCUUUCUGGUACCAUUCCCACACCAAGGGUCAAUAUGGUGAUGGUUUCAGAGGUGCUUUUAUCAUUCACGAUGACACAGAUACCGAAGUUUGGGAUUAUGACGAAGAAGUCGUUUUGACCAUUUCCGAAUGGUACCACACCCUUUCAGGUGUCUUGGAUAAGUCAUUCUUGAACGUUAACAACCCUACUGGUGCUGAACCAAUCCCUGAUAACUUAUUGUUCAACGAUACAUUCAACAGUACCUGGCAAGUUCAACCAAACACCACUUACUUGGUGCGUAUUAUCAAUAUUGGUGCAUUUGUGUCUCAGUACUUAUACAUGGAAGACCAUGUAUUCACUGUCGUUGAAGUUGAUGGGGUUCGUGUCGAACCAAACGUUACCGAUGUUCUUUAUAUUACAGUCGCCCAACGUUAUACCGUGUUGAUCACCACCAAGUCUGAUGAUUCCCAGAAUUAUGCGUUUGUCCAAGGGGUCGAUGAAGGUAUGUUGGAUGUUCCUGGUACUUUCUCCCAUAAUGUCACCAACCAAAUUGUCUAUAAUGCGGAUGCCGCAAGAGCUGGUGAUUAUAUCAUUGAAAGUGACGACUAUGAUAUAUUGGAUGACUUUUAUUUGCAACCACUUAACAAGGAAAUUUUGUACGAUGACUAUGAUUACCAAAUUGAAGUCAACGUCACCAUGAACAACUUGGGUAACGGUGUCAACUAUGCUUUCUUCAACAACAUCACUUUUACCCCUCCAAAGGUUCCAAUUUUGAAUACCGUUUUAUCUGCUGGUGAAAACGCCACAAACCCAAUCGUUUACGGUACUAACACCAACUCAUUCGUCUUGAAAAAGGAUGAAAUCGUUCAAAUUGUUUUGAAUAACCAGGACACUGGUACCCAUCCUUUCCAUCUUCACGGUCACACUUUCCAAGCAGUUAUUAGAGGUCCAGAUUAUUCCGAUGAAGCUGAUCCUAUUCCAUAUGACUCAUCUAACUUCACUAGCGAUGUCAAUGAUUACCCAAUGAUGAGAGACACUUUCUACGUUAGACCUCAGUCAUACUUCGUCGUGAGAUUCAAGGCCAAUAACCCUGGUGUUUGGUUCUUCCACUGUCAUAUUGAAUGGCAUUUGUCUCAAGGUUUGGCUAUUGUGUUGAUCGAAGACCCUGAAGGUAUUCAGAGUGACUCUCGUCAACAAUUGUCCGAUGACUACAAGAGAGUUUGUGAAAAGCAAGGCAUCAGUCUUACCGGUAACGCCGCUAAUAACUCUGUUGACUACUUUGAUUUGACCGGCGAAAACGUCCAAGUUGCUCCAUUGCCAGAUGGAUUCACCGCCAGAGGUAUUGUUGCCAUGGUCUUCUCUUGUCUUGCUGGUGUUUUGGGUAUUGGUGCCAUUGCCUUAUACGGUUUGUCAGAUAUUAAGAACAUUGAAGCUAAAGUUGCUCAAGAUUUGGAUCUUAAUAUAGAAGAAGUCGAAGAAGCCGAUGAAAAUUCCAGUGUAACUGAAAUUGAAUCAUCCGGUCCUAACAGCAAAAAAUAA